UGGAUUUUUUCGAUUGGAUGUGCCUACUAAAGCUAUAGAUUAACGUCUUGGUCCUUUGACAAUCAAGGCGUCGUCAUAAACGUUUAAAAGUAGGGAAAAAAAUGAGAUAAUUUGUUUUGUGAAUCUGUCCGCAGAAUUGCACCUUUUUUAUACGUUUAAACGAGGCCAAUCUCAAUUUGUAGUGUGCUCCUUUGUAUCCAUGUAUAAAUAACAUCGGUUAUCUCCGGAGGAACUCGUUGUUACCGUACUGGCACAGUGUUUCACACCGGGGUUUUAGAAUAUUAAUCUCAGUGUGCUCCUAAUCCCCCAAAAUAGGAGUAAUCCCUUAUGCGCAGUGAAUCGGACCGCACGUACUGUCGCACAGACGACAGACGACACCCCCCCCGUUUUGGUGAAACACGUUUUUUCCUGAAUGAAAAUACCGCAGCCGUGGCAAUGUCGCUUUAAAAUGUGAUGUCAGUUGUCGUUUAAAAAAUGUGCGUGAUGAUACAGUAACCUUAUACUGAAUGGAGAUGCUGUGCUCUCUCCCCCCGCCCCAACUCGCUCUAACCCGGCUUUCUGAAACCCGCCGAGGCGCAUGCGUGCUGCUGACUCGCAGCAAUUCGCUGGUAGGGGCACAUCGCAUCUGCGCUUGCAGCCCUCAUCUGAAAGGAGGGGGAACGAAACCCAGGGAGAAAAUCAGCUAUAAUACACUGAAAUCACCCCCCCCCCUCCCUCCUCCUCCUCUUCUACCCCCCCAACACUACCACCUCCGGUGCAGACCCACACAAAUCAGCCAGGAACGGGAGCAGCGCAGAUUGGAAAGCUGUGUGGUGCUUUAGCGGCCAGAGGGCCAGUUGGGGAAGAAAUGUCUCUCCUCUUCGGCAUCCUACUCGGGAACUGUCAGAAGAAAGUAACAGGAUGUACAGCCGGGAGAAUUAAUGUUUCUGGGGGAAUAACGGAGCGAAAGGGGGCCAAAGACGGAGCACUGCAGCUUUAAAAAGAGGUUACUGGGUUUUACUUGUAUUUCCCGGGACACUAUUUGACAGACGAGGGCUUCGGCUUAUGUGCAGCUGACCAGGGAAAGUGACAGUGGACCGAAGUGGAAUUAAGGGGAACAGUCUGUUCAUAAGCGGACUCAAAAUGCCCCGAAAGUUCAAGCCAGGACGUCGAAUCGGAGAGGAAACACAAGUUUUGCGUUAAAACCAGUCAUAUGUAUGUAUGCAUCUGCGAGCCAUCGCAUGAAACAAGUACGGAAAGGCGUUAUCCGGAAAGUGAGCGCAGAGGCGGCCGUGACAUCGGGGCUGUAGUUAGCAAGUGGCGGCGCAUGUCGGAAUGGGGGAAGAGAAACUUACCGGUACAACUCCGACCGGGUUGUUUCGUCGAAGUGGCGGCGGUCGCACGUCGCUGAGGUUUCUGUCGUCCCCGGCUCUUCAAAAAUAGACGCGAGGGUGUCAGGUAAUAUUUCACGCCCCGGGGCUCGGUAACCGGCCGGCAUAGCAAUCUGCGCAGGAGCUUUCGUACAGUACGCAAGACCCCGACUAGCCUUAUACCGCUGGGCUCGGGUUGAGGAGUGAAGUCGUAUGUUGGAAAGAUUCAGGCCGCUCUCGUUCAAGUCUCCGCUUCACGCCAGACCGAGCCGGGACUGUGGGGAGUCGCUGUUUGCACACCGUCAUUGGGGGUACCGUUAGUACCCAGUUUGCCUCGGAAGUGUCUGUUUAUGCCAGUGCUGCGCUGGUAGGCUUCCCUUCUGCUGUGGUCGACCCGCUCCAGCGGUAAAGAGCUGGAGGAGCUUGAAUCGCCGUUGAACUUGGGUUGUGCGGAAAGAUAUUCCCGGGAGAAGACAACCAGAAUCGGAGCGGUUUACUCCCGACACUUUUCGUCAAGAUACUUUAUCACAAAGAGUUACCUUAACACCCAUCCCCCGGCUGAAAUGACACCGGACGCGGUCAUCUGAGCGGCGUCACGGCGGCUGUCGCUCGGACUGUGCCCAGAGCCCGAGACUGCCAGAGCUGAGCCCGAGUGGGACGGGCGUCGUACUGGACGGUAAGGGUCACGCAAGUGUCUCCUUCAUGCCGGCUGCCGCAAUUCCCCGAAGGCGGAAACGCAUUCAGAUUUCUUGAAAAAGUGACUUUGUCUUCUUUUUUUUCAAACGGAUCUCCCCGCCGAACAAUCGCACAAGAGCAAGAGUGCAAUACGAAUAAAUCCGAGCUGCGUGUAGACCUGAAUUCUACAUUUUACCGGGGUACAGUCGUGUAGUUCGAGAACUUCGCAGUUGGCAAAGUGGGAUCUGAUCAUUUGUUUAAAUGCCAGAGCCCUGCGAACUGUUAUUGAAGGCUCUUUCGGUGGAAGUUUGGCGUUUAAAUAAUGAGAUGUUUUAAAAUGCGAUAGCACAAUCAAUACGGCAGCUUAGUUUUUUUUUUUUCCCCCACAGCGUGGGACGCUUAUAGCUAUAUUUCGUAUCGAUUUUGUGACUGGUUUCCAGGAUCUGGUUUUUCAGAUUAAUUUGUGUUUAUGCAGAGUGAUCUGCUUGAAGUUUCCAGUCAGGCACGCCCGAGCGUGUGUGUGUGUUUAUUUUUCUUCAUUCUCUCUGCGAGCAAGGCGGCAGCUAUCCAAGUCCCACAGCCGGGGCGCGGUGCCGGACCUGGGACCCGGAGCUCAUCGGAGGGGUUUCUCGCCGGAAUCGGACGGUUCUGAAAUUGUGGAGUGUUUUUUCAUUCCCCCCCCUCGAUGCUUUCCGACCUGGGCGAAUGAAGGUCAUUUCCGAAAACCGUGUUAAAAAAAAAAAGGAAUCGCGAUUGGAGAAGGUUUGUCAGCAACUUGCGCGAUCUAGUCGCGCUGGGAAUGUGAUUGCAAGCCAGCGGACACCCUUCUGCAACACGGACUUAGAUUUUUAAGCAGAAGGCAGGGCCAAGGUAAACUCGGUUACGGACAGUUGGAUUGUUUUGAGUCACUCGGGGAUAUUAUUCCUCAGUCUCUCCCGGAGAUAUACAAGUGUUGCUCCGGCUGAUUUGUGGCUCAGCUGUCAGCAAAGCUCUCCCGCUCCGAAAAGAUCAAGCUGUCCAGCAGGAUUGAUCACACCUGCUCGUCAGUCUGCUUUGAGUGCCUUAUAUCAAGCCCUCCUCGGGUCGGAGCGCAGCGAGAGAGGGAGGAUUUGAGUUGUCCUGCCCCCGAGCCGCCGGCCUUUCCAACGCUCAAGUUUCGCUGCUGGAGAGGAGAGCCUGCAGUUUUUUGGGGGAGAUUGGUUCUGAUGGGUGUUGCUGUCAAGUUGCUUGAUGUCGCACAAAAGGAGAGAGCGUUGAUAUCACAGAUCUAGUAAGACGUUUCCCGUGUCUGGAAUUCCACGAAAGAGAUAGGUACUUGGCCGACCCAUGUGUCCUGUUGGAUUAAUUGUAGAGCUUUUUUUUCAGAGUACCGCUGCGCAAGAGGGCAGUUUUUCUCUGUGUUCGACAGCAGGGAAGAAGACAACUUCUUCAAUUUUUUUUUUAAAUCUCAUACAUGCAAAUAAAUCUUCCUGCCGUUUCCUGUUUGUAACCAGUAUUCAUUUUGGUUUUCUCCUUACUGGAACCAACGUGAAAACACUUGGUUAUUGUGUGUUUUCAAUAGCUAUUGGAACAGCAUUUCUCUAAAGCAAUCGAGCACAAUUUGACGAGGCUGCUGCCGAAAGCAACGUCAAACUCUGUGGAACAAGAGGGUUCGCCUUGUCCUGUGCUGCUGAAGUGUUUGUUUGUUUUUUUUCCUGUGGCUUGAAUUUAUACACUGGUCGUCCAAAACGGACCCGAGAUAUUACAAGAUGAUCUUCACUGCCAUACCCGUUGCUGGAUCUGUCCCUCGGGAUCUGGAGAGCUGAAGAAAGCCUGGAUGUGGGACAGGUGAAGGAGCAGGUCUUGCCCAGCCCCCCCAGCCCGAUGAAGGAGUCCUGAACCCCCCUGUCCCGUCAGACCAGGAAGUUUUGGUUCCCCUGAACUCUUUUUUGCGCCUUUCUUAGUGUGAAGGAGGUCUGCCUGCCCCAGACCCAUCUCUCCCCCCACAGCUUCCCAGGGGGGGGAGGGAGGGGGGAGGGCUGCCAUGGGGAGCUCCGCCUCUUCCCUCACGGCGGAGACGGAGUCGGACCAUGGAUUCCGGAGCGCCCCCUACCCUCCGGCGCCCCCUGUGGGCUGGCUGCGGAACAGCCACAGCAGCCCGCUGUGGGGUAGCUCCUUCAUAUCCAGGCAACAGCAGCAGCAGCCGGUGCCACACAGAGAGCGCAGCCACUCGCACUCCCCUGGCUCCAUGGCGGCCGCGGUGCGGGGCGGCGAGUGGUCCUGCGGGCGCUGCACCUUCCUGAACGCGGGCGGCGCCCCCCGCUGCUCCAUCUGCGAGGCCCCCCGCCAGAAGCCCGACCUCAACCAGAUCCUGCGGCUCAGCACCGAAGAGCAGCGCUGGUCCUGCCCCCGCUGCACCCUCAACAACCCGCAGGGCUCGGGCGCCUGCUCGGUCUGCGGGUUCGGGCCCUCCGCCGGCUCCCCCGCCGCCGCCCACGCGCAGCCCCAGCCGCAGGAGCCUUUGCCCAGCAAGCGCCUGAGCAUCCUCGAGGAGGAAGACGCCGGCGCGCCCUCGGGCAAGUGUCCCGGCUGCUCCCAGGCGGUUCCAGCCGGCGCCGGCAAGUGUGAGGGGUGCCGCUCGUCCCGGGGGGAUCUCAUUGACCUGAAGGGGGAGUCCGUGCGCUUCACCCCGGCCAGCCCCUCCAGCCCCGACUUCAGCACCUGGUCCUGCUCCAAGUGCACCCUGCGGAAUCCCACCGGCGCCACCAAAUGCAGUGCCUGCGGCUCUUCCAAGCUGCACGGCUUCCAGGACCCGAACCCUCGCUGCCCCCAGUGCGGCGCCGCCUCCAGCCCCUGCUCCUGCGCCGGGGCGUCCGGAGGAGGGAAAGCCCGCAAGCCCCCCAGACUCUUCAGCUCCCCCUCCUCGUCGUCCCUGGGCACGUCCCAGGAGAAGUCGGGCCAGUGGGCCUGUCCGGCUUGCACCCUGCUGAACGACCUCAAGGCCAAGCACUGCGCCGCCUGCCACACGCCCCAGCAGUACUUCACCCUCCGCAAGGGCGCCAAGCCCCUCAAGAGGCGGGAGAGCAUGCACGUGGAGGCCCGGCGCAAGAACGACGAGGGGGAGGCCAAGGAACUCUGGGAAAACAUUGUCAGCUUCUGCCAAGAGAAUGCCGUGAACUUUGUGGACGACAGCUUCCCCCCCGGCCCUCGCUCCGUGGGCUUCCCGGAGGGCGACAGCGUGCAGCAGCGCGUCAAGAAGUGGCUCCGCCCCCACGAGAUCAACUGCAACAACUUCAAGGACCGCGGCGUGAAGUGGUCCGUCUUCCGCACGCCCCGCCCCUCCGACAUCCUGCAGGGGCUGCUGGGAAACUGCUGGUGCUCUGCGUUGUUGCGUCUCUCGCAGGCCCAGCGGAAGCAGCUGUGGGUGGCCUUGAUCGAGAAGGCCCUGGCGAAGCUGCACGGCUCCUACUUCGCCCUGCAGGCCGGCCGCGCUAUCGAGGGCCUCGCCACGCUGACCGGGGCGCCCUGCGACAGCCUCAUGCUGCAGGUCAGCUCCACCAACCCCCGCGAGGAGCCCAUCGACACCGACCUCAUCUGGGCCAAGAUGCUCAGCUCCAAGGAGGCAGGGUUCCUGAUGGGCGCUUCCUGUGGAGGGGGCAACAUGAAGGUGGACGACACCGUGUACGAGAGCCUGGGUCUGCGGCCACGGCACGCCUACUCCAUCCUGGACGUGCGGGACGUGCAGGGGUACAGGCUGCUCCGGCUGCGCAACCCCUGGGGCAGGUUCUCCUGGAACGGGAGCUGGUCUGACGAGUGGCCUGACUGGCCCCAGCACCUGCGGCACGAGCUGAUGGCCCACGGCAGCAGCGAGGGCGUCUUCUGGAUGGAGUACGGAGAUUUCAUCAAGUACUUCGACUCGGUGGACAUCUGCAAGAUCCACUCGGACUGGCAGGAGGUGCGACUGCAGGGCUGCUUCCCGAGCCGGGCCUGCGGGCCGGUGACGGUGACGGCGCUGACGGUGCUGGAGCGGACCGCCCUGGAGUUCGCCCUCUUCCAGGAGGGCAGCAGGCGCUCCGACACGGCCGACAGUCACCUCCUGGACCUGUGCAUCAUGGUGUUCCGGGCUUCGUUCGGCACCGGGAACAAGCUGACCCUGGGCCGGCUGCUGUCGCACAGCAAGCGCGCCGUGAAGAAGUUCGUGGGCUGCGACGUGAUGCUGGAGCCCGGAGAGUACGCCGUGGUCUGCUGCGCCUUCAACCACUGGCAGACCAGCCCGACCGGCGCCCCGCUCACUCCUGUGUCCAGCCCCACCAGCAGUGUCCGCCCCAGCCAGGACUUCCCAGGGCACAUCCUGGCCAUCUACAGCUCCCGGCAGGUCAUGGUGGAGCAGGUCGACGCCAUGGCAACGACCCUAGCUGACGCCAUCAUCCACCUGACUGAAAACAAGGGGGAGAGGCAUGAGGGCCGGGAGGGUAUGACAUGCUACUACCUGACACACGGCUGGGCAGGGCUGAUUGUUGUGGUAGAGAAUCGGCAUCCCAAGUACUACCUCCACGUGUCCUGCGACUGCACUGACAGCUUCAACGUGGUGUCGACGCGGGGCAGCCUGAAAACUAUCGACAGCGUCCCACCACUGCACAGGCAGGUGCUGGUGGUCCUGUCCCAGCUGGAGGGCAACGCCGGCUUCUCCAUCACGCACAGGCUGGCCCACCGCAAGGCCGCGCAGGCCUCGCUGGGAGACUGGACGCCCGCCAAGGCCACGCACAGCCCCCCGCUGACCCCCGACACCGACGGGCUGCACCGCCCGCGGCCGCUAUGACGACGGCUUCCCGCACGGGGCGGGGGGGGCGCAUCCUGUAGAAUCUCACCUUUUCUAGGAAAGAACCCUUUUAUACUCCGCGGGACGAAUCCGAAGAGCAGCACUUUUUGUCGGCUUUUUGUUUUUAACAGAGAGACUGGUCCUGCCAAAUAUUUUUGUGGGGGCGCUUUGCACUUUUUUUUACGUGCCGUGUCAGAGCAGCUGAGGCAGGGGGGGGGGGGGGGGGGGGGCGUGCGAGAUGACGCCGAAGCUUCCGGGGAGCAGAGAAGACGCACAGACCAGGGGUGAUCACCCCCCCCCGCCACCGUCCCCUCACCCAGACUGCGCUCACCUGCGACAGAUCAGACAGGCAAGGUGGCUUAUCUGGCGAUUCCAGGGCGGAGCGUUGCAAAACGGUUGAUGUCGGCUCCAUUCCAGCUUCUCCCAGUGGCUUGACGGGAUCGGGAGAUCGGAGGAUCAGCGGAUCAGCGGAUCGGCGGAUCAAGGGAUCAUGCCAACCACCGAGCCCGCAUUUGCAUUGUCGUGCUGCCCCUUUGACAGAACUGUCACUGCCGCCCCACUCACAAGAUGAGCUCUCUGGAGCCACCAUCUAUGGAUCAGUAGCCUGCCUGGGGAAUGAGAAGACAUGAGAAAGACCGAGUGGAUGGGGCCACCCCUUUGAGAGAAUCUUAGUGCCGCUACGGAGUUUUUACUGCGCUGCACAGCUGCGGUGGAAUAUAAGCAAGUCCAGCAGUGCAGCUUUCUGUUCUCAUGGUGUUCUGAACCCGUUUGGCACAAUUAGAGCCAGAUGGAUUCAUGGGUACAACGUGUUUUUAUUGUUUUCACUGUCGAAUUCUCAACAUAACACACUCUUGCCAAAGAGUGCUUCCUCAGGUUCACAAAACAUGCCUGCAUUGUUCCUUCACCCACAGAUCUCUUAACUCGGUGUGCCUGGGGCUCCCAGUGCGCGCCGAAUAUCACUGACCGUAUAUAGUCUUUUAAAUGCAUAGAAAUGCUGGGAGGGCUGCUGUCACUGAGAUCUUAAAGAUUGUACGUGAAGGACGAUAGAGUGGCCAGUGCUUGCAUUUCGCAGACUUAAUAGCCAAACGCUAAUUGGUCAUCCAAAGGAAAGAAAAAUCCAGAUUCUUUCCACUCUUUCUUCAGUCUUGAUCAGUAACCUGUGGAUCUGUUUUCUUUGUUGCACACUUGUGCUUUUUUCCCCACUAUGUAGAAUGAGAAACAUACUUUGUACGAAAGAUACAGUAGUAGUCUUGAUGAGAUCCUCUACUAGCGAAAGCAUGCCGUUUUCGUUUUUCACUGCCUUUUUGCUCUCUGUUUUUUAUUUUUGCUGCGAUUUGAUUUUGGGCUAUUUCCAGCUAAACCCCUCCUCUUUGAUCCCCAGCCGUCUUUUUUCCUAGAGGCUGUGACUGACUCAAAGGUUGCGAAUGUCUUGCUGGGGUUAGAAGUGUUAAGAGGCUGGGGGAAGGUGGUCAGCGAGGUGGAAUCCUGCAAGAUCACCUGAAGUGCCACAGGCUGGCCUCCUGCGCAGUCGGAGUCACUUCCAAAUCCGCACUUGUUUCGAAAGGGUCUCAGUGCACCGUGGAAAUAACAGGGGAGACCAGCUGUCUAAAUUAUACAGUUAAAACUUGUCGAAGAAGACCGUCCGUUACUUUUGGCUGACAGGUUUGAGAUAACUGACAGGCGGCUAUGACAACUGUUUAAUCAAAUAAAAUGUUCUGUAUGCUCAAAGAAAUGAGGAGCAUGAAAAGUAACACAGAGUGUGCCUGAACCGAGCACAGUGCACUAAGCUUUGUAGUAGAGGGAUCAGAAUGUUGUCUGCCGGUGUGUUAGAUACCGUACAGUAUAAACUCUGCCUCUCGAAUGGCCUAGCCUUCCUCUGGCUCUGUGAAGCGGUUUGUGUUCUGUUGUGGGUGUUCGACAGCACUUGGUACUCAGAGGAGGGUCAUCUUUAAAAGCCUGUCUUAGGGAUCCACACCAUCGCCCAGUCCAGCUGCUGGGAGCAGAAUUGGUAGAGACAGACAGUAGAAAGCUAGGAGGAGAGGAAGAGAGCUUUGUCAGCUACACAUAGAAACGCAGGGCUCCUUUCCGUCCUGACAUCUUAAUGCUCCAUCUCCAUGUCAUUCCCCCUUCCUCUCAUAUUAACUUCGAACAGUGACGGAGCCUCGUUUCGGGGACCGGUUUGUUAAUAUUUGAUGACUUCAGCGCAGAAAAGCAAAGUGCUCUUUAGGAGUGCCGCCUCAAAGAAAGUCAUUUAUCUCCAAGGGAUUCGGAUUAAAGCCACAAUGGUAUGAAAUGGGUUUUAAAUUGCUUUAAAAAAAUUGAUUUUUUUUCUCCCUCCCGUUAACGUUAUGGUUUGUCAUUUUUCUGUCAUUUUAACUUGGCACGUUGUCAAACUGAACGACCUGUUAGCUGUUCUUAAACCCGAGAUGAGCUGUAGGAAAUCGAGAUCCAAGUCUGUGGUUGGCAUUGAGCCCCGUCUCAAGCACAUGACCGUUUAAGCAGCAGUAAAGUGAAAGGUUCGAGCUGGUUCGUUUUGGGGGGGCUUUUUAAAGCAAAACGGUUUGAUAAAACCGGUGUGCAGGAUUCCGAAUGUUCAGAUGAACACCUCUUAAUUAAUAAAUGGAUCUAAUUAUUCACUUAAUUGAAUCAGGACUUAGGGAGGUAGGGAUGUAAAGAUCCCUCUCUGAAACCCGCUGAAUGUUGGCCCUUCAUCACCUCAGAUCAAGAGCACCUCCAUCCAGAAACUGGGCUUUGAAAGAGAGCUCCUGCACUGACUGUGAAGCGGUCCCUUAUCUGAGCUGACUCAGUCAGUCGCCGGUCUCGUGUUUUUAAUACAGGCCCUGUCAAUCUCGGCUCAGGGAGCUGUUGUCUCUGGGAUCAGAGGCGCUGUUUUCUCAGCUGUUUAGGAAAUGGUGUUUUCCUGAAUCAUUAUUGGGUCAACAUCCAGACAUACCCCAGCGCAGGAAGCCCCCUGGAAAUAAUAUCACAAGCCCUGCUGGGCUGUUUUAGAAUUUAAUAUGAAGACACCAGUAAAGUCAGUAAAGCCUUGCGCCCCUUAUCCUUUUAUUGGUCAACCAAACCGAAAGACAUUCUCUCAGUCUGACAUCUUAAAUGAAGGUUAAAUAGAUUAUUUUGGAAAUCGAUCUCUUUUCUUUGUAGAAAGCUCUCCAGAGGACACAGCUUAUGGAGUCGUCUUUCACUCGGAGGCAGGUUCUGUUCCUAAAAAUAUCCGGACUGGGAAGCUGCAGCUUCCAGGGCAGAACCUUGGGUUAAAAUGUGGACUCAGGGCAGCCACAGAAAAGAAGAAGGAUCUUCCUUACCCAUUCCACCCCACCCCACCCCCACAGCAAAACACGAGCAAGAGUGUCGUUAGAGUCCUGGCAGAACACAACCGCGUCUGUUGAACGUUGGCUUGGGCUAGUGAUCUAGAGAAUGAAGAUUAAAAUGGAAUAAAGAAAGAGUUUCUUGUCAAGGAAACUAAACCUAUUAAUAAGUAAACAUCGCCAGGACAGAUCAAAAGUAUCCCCUGACUGGGAGGGUGUCAUUAUCUGGCCUGAAGCAGUACUGAUAAUGUGACUGGAACUCCAAAGCACACUUCAGACGUUUUAAAUAAAAAAGAUGUUUUCUUUUAUCAGCUGACAGUGCUAAGACUCUGUCUUGCUCAUUGGCUGGGUGUGUGUUACCAACUAAACAGAAAAUCUGACUGCUCAAAUUGAAAAGCUGGCAUUAUUUAUAGGAAGGCCCUGAGAGACUUCUGCUCCUGGCUUUUUUGUUCUCGGAAACAUAACCAUCACCUCAUUUUCUUUUUUGCCGAUAAAAAUGUUACACUGUCCCUGUAGCAUACAUGUCUUUGGGCUCACCAGCUGUCCAUUUUCAUUCAUGAAUAUUUAUAUCAGAGAAAAGCACAAGAAAACUACUGUUUCCUGUCUUCAUCAAGCUAACAUGCUAAACGUGUGUAUUUGUUCUUUUUUCUGAUGUGUAAGGUUGGACGUCUACCCACUGGGGAGUUAAAAGAUUAAAUGCAAGGGGAGACAUUUUUUAAAAGCUGAAGAAACUGGUUGUUUCAGAACUCUGCAUAAAGCAGCUGGGUGAAAUUUGUCCACCAACAAGCCCUUUAAAAACAUCUCCAGUGAAUAGAAGCCUGUUACAAACUACCCUUUAAGUAAGACGUACACCCCUGAUUUCUGUGGAGAAUGUCCAGUGACUGUGUCUUCUCAAGCUGCAGGUUCCGAAGCAUGGUUUUCCUCCUUUUUUGUAAGUUGUACAGGCACACUUAAUCUUUGCCAAGCUGUGAAUAGUUUUAUCUUGUAAAAUAUAUAAUAUAACAAAAUCAAAAUAAAAUGAAACACUAUCAGGCAGGAAUGUGAUAUAUGGACUAUUUUAUCAAUUUUAGGAAAGAAACAGAUCUCUAUGUAUGUAUGGGUAGUUUGCAAACUCAGGUUCUAAAGGACCAAAUAAAGUUUUGUUUUUUAAUUAA